UCUCGCGAGACUGCGGUGGGCCGGGCCGGGCCGCGGGAGGCACAACAAACAUGGCGGCGUUGGCGGCGGGCGGUGAGGGGCGGCGGCGGAGACACCAACAUAUGGAACGCAAAUUAACUUAAGCCUACACAAGGCUGGUGACAUCUGAAAGAGGGGAAAGUGAAGAAGCUGUUCUCUGUGCUGUCUGACCUGUUGGGAGUACGUUUUGGAGCAUGUUUGCUACUUAGCGGGGAACUAAAAUUCAGGCACAAGAGGUUGUAAAAGUGAAGAGUGAAUAUGGGUGAAAAGAAACCAGAACCUUUAGACUUCGUAAAAGAUUUUCAGGAAUAUCUUACGCAGCAGACUCAGCAUGUAAACAUGAUUUCUGGAUCAGUUAGUGGAGAGAAGGAAGCAGAGACUCUUCAGGGAGCUGGGACAGAAGGUGAUCAGAAUGGUCUGGAUCAUCCUUCUGUUGAAGUUUCACUGGAUGAAAACUCAGGAAUGUUAGUAGAUGGGUUUGAAAGGACGUUUGAUGGAAAGUUAAAGUGUCGAUACUGCAACUAUGCCAGCAAAGGAACAGCACGGCUCAUCGAGCAUAUCAGAAUCCAUACAGGCGAGAAGCCGCACAGAUGCCAUUUGUGUCCCUUUGCAUCAGCUUACGAACGUCAUCUGGAAGCUCACAUGCGGUCACAUACUGGUGAAAAACCAUACAAAUGUGAAUUGUGUUCCUUUCGCUGCAGUGACAGAAGUAACUUGUCUCACCACCGCAGGCGCAAACAUAAAAUGGUGCCUGUUAAAGGUUCAAGGUCUUCCCUAAGCAGCAAGAAAAUGUGGGGGGUUUUGCAGAAGAAGACCAGCAAUUUGGGGUACAGCAGAAGAGCAUUAAUUAAUUUGAGUCCACCUUCCAUGGUGGUUCAGAAACCAGACUACCUUAAUGACUUCACUCAAGAAAUCCCAAAUAUCCAGACUGAAGCGUAUGAGAGCAUGACAAAACCAAGCCAGAGCAGUGCGUUGCCGAGAGAUCCGCAAGACCUCAUGGUAGAUAAUCCUUUAAACCAGCUCUCCACGUUAGCCGGACAAUUAUCCAGUUUGCCACCUGAAAACCAAAACCCAGCCUCUCCUGAUGUUGUUUCCUGUCAGGAUGAAAAGCCUUUCAUGAUCCAGCAACCUGCUGCGCCUGCGGUCGUGUCAGCUGUGGCAGCAGGUAUUCCUCAGAAUUCAUCUCCAACCAGCCCAGAGCCUCGUCCCGCACACAAUCAAAGGAACUACAGCCCCGUGGCCGGUCCCAGCAGUGACCGCAGCGCCCACACCAGUACUCCCAGCAUCAGUAACAGUCAGCCAAGUACUCCAGCUCCAACCCUUCCCGUUCAGGACCCUCAGCUUCUGCAUCACUGCCAACACUGUGACAUGUACUUUGCGGACAACAUCCUUUAUACUAUUCACAUGGGAUGUCAUGGAUUUGAAAACCCUUUUCAGUGCAACAUAUGUGGGUGUAAGUGUAAAAAUAAGUAUGACUUCGCUUGCCAUUUUGCAAGAGGCCAACAUAGUCAACAUUAACUGAGAACAUGCUUUCACUUAGUUUUUUAACAUAUUACAGUAUAUUUUUCAUACUUGCUGAAGAAAAGCUUGCACGUUCACAUAAGGAAUCUUCACAUUAAUCAACUCAACAAAAGAGGCAAAUUUAUGUUUUCGUAAAACUUGCCAGGGAAAUUUUGUAUAAGAUGUGGUAGUUAUUUUAUAUGUAGCCUUGCAAAAAAAAGCUGAGAGAGUGCUAUAGGAAUUGGAAUAUUGGAAUGCAUUUACAUGCUUUCUUUGCUAAAUUGAAGUUGCCUGCACUUAAUCUCAAUGAACAUUCUACAAAUAUAGAAACAGGGUGUGUGUCUUGAAACACAGGAUGCAAUUAUCAGACUAUUUACUGGGCAAGACACACUAUAUUAACCAUAAAAUAGGAAAGGCAAAUGAAGUGACAAGUGGUUACUUUGGAUACACACUUAUCCUUAAAAACUCAGCUACUCCAAACUAGAAAAACAAACAGAAGCAACUUUCACAUACAAAUUCAUUUGAUAUAAUAUUUGCUUUAAUCUAACGAAGGUUAAUAAUAACUUUUUGCUUAGUGUAUUCUAAACUCUUCAUGCUGGGACUCAAACACUAACCUAACUUAUUUUUAAAGCUCAUCACAAAACUAGCAGAUAACAGGUUAUUGUGAAUGAAAUGCUGGUAGGAAGAAAGAAAGAGUUAAAAAGCCUGUUAUUCACUAGUAGUACAAAACAAAAGUAAAUAUUACACCUUAUUUUAAACUACACUUACCAAAAUUUUACGUGUCAUUCUUUAAACACACAUAAUAAAGAGUUAGUAGAACUAAUAUAUAUUCCCUAAAAGUUUUAACUGCCUUAAACUAAUUUGUACAGAUAUUUAAAAUUUGCACAGUUAGAUUUCUGUCUUGCUGAUAGAAGUUCUAAUAGAAACAAACAAGUUUACAAAUUAAAAAUCAUUUAUUCAGUUUUCUCUUGGGCCGAGUUACAACAGGGAGGUCGCCCGGAUGUUUGAAAGUUGUAACAUCUAGUUUAUUGUAAACUUCAGCUCAGUUUGUCUUGUCACCUGCCCCAGGUUUUUUUGUCCUUUUUUUUGUGCUGGAAAUAAGGAGAAAGGCAUUUGAAGCCAUCGUGAUUAAUGUUUGUAGGUGGCAAAUGGUAACUAAAGACGUACAUGAAGUCCAUUGCACAUGUUUAUUGUUUUUUUUAUACUGUACAUCUUGCUUUAGAAGCACCUAGGUUAACGGACAGGCACUUUAAUAUAAACCUCAAGAAAACAUCCUAGCAAAAUUAAUAAAAGCUUUCAAUGUGCUACAUAGGAAUUUGUAGUGUUUCAAAAAAGUGAAGAACUGUUACUUUUCUCAUAUUUAGACAUGCACUUUUACCUUAGUUUGUCUUACUUUAGACAAAUUAAAGUUUCCUUAUGUUUUCCCCUUCUACUAUCAGCAAUAUAUGGCAGCAAAUAUGUUUUGUUACAUGUAGGAAGAUUUAUGAAUGUUCUGCAAGUUGGAGGUUGGAAUCCAUAUAGCAAAUGUUUAGCUUUUUCAAUUUAUAUUGUUACGGGAGCUAAAACUUCCCAAAGCCAAUGGAAAAACUUACAAUGACUUCACUGUAAGAUCAAUGCAGAAAAUAACACCCUUCUGAGAAUUUCAGAUUUAGAAGUAAUUUUGACUUUAAUGAAUUAAAAAGUUGGGAGCCAAUUAUGUUUCUGUCUACCUAACCUACCUACUGUUGAAUUUUCUGUGCUUUAAGUAACCAGUUGAAGGAACUGGAUUCUUGGUUUCACAUAGUGUUGUAGUAACGAGGUCAAAAACACACCGUUGAAGUAUUUCCAGUGUGGUAAAGGUGAAUGAUAACAUGCUAUCACUCCCAAAAAUGUUUUUGGUUUCAUGCCUGGUUCCAAAUCCAUUUCAGUGGAUUUGUAAAACAGAAUGUAAUUUCCACUUUUCUAAUGACACUCUUUAAAAGUUAUUUUAUAAGCAAAACCACAACUCUGUGUGCAUAAACAUAGAGAGUCCUGUAUUUUAAGGACUAAAGUUUGACUGAAUGGGAAUCCAGUUGGAAGUUACUUCUCCUGUACAGGUUUAUUAACAUAGGCGGUUCUUCUAGUCAAAGAACAAUGUAGGAACAAUAACUUUCUUUUGAUCACAUAUUGAGACGUUCUAAAAUCUGCAUCUGACUAAAAUACAAUAUUAGAACUACAGAUGUUACUCUUGAAGACCAUAACAAUUAGUAAUUUGUAGAGGUCAUUUUCCUUGCCUUUUGCUGGAUGACAUAAACUUCUAUUCCUGGGUUCUGGGAACUCCAGGGAAGCCUCUGACCUGGUGCUGCUCUGUGAAGCACCUUCCAGCACUGAGUGAUGUGCCGAUCGCAACAGCCGAGUUCUCUUUGGCUUGCGGCUCCAGCCUUUCUCCCACUUGGGAUGAGAUUAACUCCAAGUGCACAAAUAUUUGAGAUUUCAUCCUUCUGUUCCAUUCAUGUGGUUUCUGAUCCAUUGAGACUUUCACUGGCAGUGCCUGUAAACAUCAUAGAUGUUUUUUUCUUUUUGUGAUGGCUCAUGAUUUGGCAAUUUAGAAAAAUGAUUUUUGAGCCAUGAGGCCCCAGAAUGAAAUUUUAAAUAGAAUAGUCAGGUUGCUAAUAGAGGCAGCUGGUAGCAAGAGGAAAGCCUGUGUGAUCUGAUUGAUUCCCUCAUCUAGAAGGGAAUCAUUUGUUGUGGGGGAAAGUAUGUUAUUAAUAAUAGAACUUGAUAAAACUAAACUCAAACCUUGCAAAUUGUUGUUUAGAAGUGUUUUAAUACUGCUAACUUAAUACCAUUGUUUCUGCUUGGAAGUACCUACGGAAAAGAAAAUUAGCUUGAACAUCUGUGAACCGUUGAACAGCGAUGAAAAUACUCUUCCGUCUUUCCUUGCGCAAGCUCCUGUUUGCAGGGGGUUCUUAGGCGGCUUCUGCCUUUGAUGUCGAUCCCACAGGCAGAGGUGCAGGGUGGAUCCUGCCAAAUAACUGCUCUAGACUGGGAUUCUUAGUUUUUCAGCCUCAUACCGUGUGCUCAGUUGUGCCAAGUGGUACCCUGCCUGUGUCGAUUUCCUUCUGUCUGCUGAGUAGGUUUGGAAGGUAUAUUUUCACAUUGUUUUUUCAUGAUUCUGUACGUACUAUUUAAUUUAAAGACCAGAAAUAGUACUGGAAAAUUGUUUGAGAGUAUGAUCCUGACAACUCCCCUGCACAAGCAGAUCUCACUCCGAGUCAGUGGGGGAUCCUUGUCAGGAACUGUGGGAUCGAGUCCUGCAUUUGGACUUUUCCUAUUGAGUUCUCCAUGUGCUCCACUGCACUAACUUUUGGUUUUGAUUUUCUUUUUAGAAACCCAAAUCCUUAUAUCAUAAGGUGGUGAUCAGCAUUUGAACUCCUACUAACAGGGGAAGUUUGGGAAUGAGCUGAAAUUUUUCCAUAGUUUGACUCAAAGUUCCGUAGUUGCAAAACAAUAACUUUGUGGGGUUUUUUUGUUUUUAUUGUAAAUUAUUAUUUCAUAGUUGUUGAUAUUUUUAACAUGCACUAUUUAUAGUACCCUUAAUACAGACGUUACUUUGAGACUGAAUAUUCCAAUGAACAUGCAAAUAUUAGGGCUGAAGAUCUUAGUAGAUAUCUCGGUUAAUACUUAAACCAACCAUGAAGCAGCUAAUAGGAAAUAAUAAUUGGGUUUUUUCCACAGAUAAAAUGUUUAGAAGGGGAAGAUUUUGACGUAAAAUGUUGAUUGGCAUUUUAAAAUAAAACUCUGUGCUGGAAGAUGUGUUCCAAUGGUGUUUCAUAGCAAAAUGAUCUGUUGCUAUUUGUUUUGUUCCAGAAUGUUUAGGGGGUUUGCUUGUUUGGUUUUUGUUUCUUUUUGACGAAGGGAAUGUAAUUUAGAGGUCUUCACUGGCAAGUUUUGUAAUAACUUUAAGCUUCUUCGAAAAUCUACAGCAAAUGGAUGUUCUGCUGCAGGAGAUCUAUUCCCUGCUGAAGCAUUUUUCAUUGAGCAAUCUUUGUGUAUGUGCUUGUAAGUACCUGCUUUGUUAAUAAUGUGUAUUUCAGUGUAAAAAGCAUAUUUUGUAUGCAAAAAAUGAAAGCCGUUAGAGUUGUAAAAUAAAUUUUAUUGUGUAGUGAAUGUUUUCAGAUGACAAGGAUAAUUCUGAAAUAACUAUAUCAAGUGUAGUUCAUGUUGUGAAGCUUUGCUUUUGUAAGAUAUGAAUAAAAUAACACUUUCUAAUUAA